GUAGUCAUGACUCUAGACGUCUUAUUUCUUGUUUCUCAUUUCUGUUAUUUUUCUUUUCCUAUCGUUGUUUUGUUUUCAGCUGUACAAACGAGUCAGUGUGAAACAAACAAUGUCAACGCACUGUCCCACUUGACUCGUUAUACUCGAGGUUCGUUAUACUCGAGGUUCGUUAUACUCGAGGUUAAUCAUUACAUCCUACGCCCUACAGAGCCUAUAGUACAUCUACGCCCCUUGUGGGUCACAUCUGACAACCCCUCAACCCCGCGGCCAGCUAUCAAUCAUCUAAGCCGCUGCUGCUGCCGUAUAUUUGUAUUCAACUUGCCCGUAUCACCAUCAACAUGGAUUUGGCACAAUCACUCGAAAAUGCCACCAACACACAACCUAUCCGCUGCAUCGACAUGCACACCACCGGUGAACCAACCCGGAUCGUCUACUCAGGCUUUCCAUCACUGUUCGGGACACUACUAGAACAGCGCGAUCAAGCGAUGCGCGACUACGACCAUGUCCGUCGACGGCUUAUGUUUGAACCGCGUGGUCAUGACGGCAUGUACGGUGCGAUUAUACGACCGGAUACUGAACUCGUUCGAUCAGGAGAAGCUCAUGUUGGGACCCUGUUCAUUCAUAAUGAGGGGUUCUCGACAAUGUGCGGGCAUGCUACUAUCGCAUUGGGCCGAUUCUUGGUUGAUACCCAUGACCGUGCUGUUUUUCCGCAACGGGGGUCGCUGAAACUUGAUUUGGAGACACAAACGGUUGGUAUCAAUAUCCAUGCGCCUUGUGGAUUGGUCAGAGUGGCUGUUCCUGUUACAUUAGAUGGGAGGAAGUCUGAUGCAUCGCGGCCGGUGAUUUUCUUGUCCACGCCGGCGUUCGCUAGUGCGAUUCAGUUGAAGGUACCGAUUCCGGCUGAAAUUAGAUGGCCGGAACUUGGUGAUAAGGACUCUAUUUGCUUGGACGUCAGCUACGGCGGUGCUUUCUACGCUAUUGUUAAUGCGUGCGACCUAGGGUUAUCUAAUGGUUUGAAAAAUGUGGACCUGGAUGCUGUGACUCAAUGCAUGCAGAAGCUGAAGCCUUAUCUUGAGUCGACACCCAAAAUCAAGUCUGCAAUUCAGCACCCCGAAGACGAGCGUCUAUCGUUCUUAUACUCUGUGAUGAUCGUCGAUCCCAACAGGGGGCACAAACCAGACAGCGUGGUCAGCGCAGAGACGGGUCUUUGCUACUUUGCUGAGAACCAAAUCGACCGAUCUCCCACGGGAUCUUGCGUGACAGCGCGGAUGGCCCUUGCUCAUGCAAAGGGAUUAAGGCCCGUUGGCCAACGUUGGGCAUAUAACUCUCUUGUCUCGAACUAUUUCGGGACCGGCGCUUUUAGCGCUGAAAUUGUUGAGAAGGCUACGAUAUAUGGACCAGAGGGAAAGUCUAUUGAAUCUGUGGUGGUGCAGGUAGAAGGUCAAGCGUUCUACACAGGAACGUCUACCUUCGUCGUUGAGGACGGCGACGUGACUUCCUCGAGCGGUUUCACGAUGAGCAUUGUAGCAUAGAUGUCAUUAACAAAAUACAAUCAACUCCAACUGUCUACAUCACAUUCCCGUGCUAACCGCAUCCAACAAAUGCCCAACAAACACCUCAACAUCGACCAACCAAGGACUAUCCCCUGUCUUCAUCCCCAC